AUGACAAUGUUGAAAACUUUUUCAAUAUGUGACGCCUAUCAAUUAAUAAUUUGAACGAUUUUCUAGAAAGCUGUGGUUUGCUGCCUGCAAGGAACAUUGUUUUGUUUUCUUUCUGAUGAUUUCAUCCAUUAUGAACGUGCUUGAAAGUGCAACUAGUCACCUUUUAAGUUUAGCACCUAUAAUUAAAAAUGAAACUUUUUCAGACACCAUAGAAAAUCACGAAAAUAACUCAGAUGACUCGUCAUAUUUUAAUUACUUUGAAGACAUCAGUGAAAUAACUUGGUCGCUCAUUUUAAUGACUAUCCUCUAUUCAGUGCUCCUCAUCAGUGGCGUAUUAGGAAACAUUUGUACAUGUGUUGUAAUAUAUCGCAAUCGAUAUAUGCAUACAGCCACCAACUAUUACUUAUUCAGUUUAGCAAUUAGCGAUCUGUUACUCCUUGUUAUGAGCUUACCUCAAGAAGUUUAUGACUUAUGGGUGCCCCAACCCUAUCCAUUCGGAGACGCCAUGUGUGUUGUACGUGGUUUCACAGCUGAAACUUCAACUUACGCGUCAAUACUGACAAUAACAGCUUUCACUGUUGAGCGAUACAUUGCAAUCUGUCAUCCUCUGAAGUCGCAUAAAUGGUCAAGCCUCUCAAGAGCGUUGAAAGUUAUAAUGUUCGUGUGGAUUGUGUCAUUGGUGUGUGCCAUACCGGUGUCUUUUCAAUUUGGAGUGCUGCACAUGAGAGGGUCGUCUGGAGAAGAUUUAUGGUUUACGGCUGUUUGUACCAUUAAAAGAAAAUUGCGUCACGCCUUUCUCAUAUCAUCGUUAAUAUUCUUCUGGCUCCCGCAAGCAAUCAUACUUGUUCUAUAUGUGAAAAUAGGGCUUAGAUUGAGGCUACCGAAUCCAAUGGCCAAAGCUAUGGUCAGCGAUGAUAGUGAGAGUAUGGACGGGAUGAAAGACAGUUCUGUUAAAAUGACACAAAGCCGGAAAAUAAGUAUGAUCAACAACAGAAAAGGAAUUAUAAAAAUGUUGGGGCAGUACCUGCGAUUGCAACUGAAUAGCAAAGUUGUCCGUGUUUGUUUCUGCGACCAGCUUCCUUCUUCGAGUUGA